CAACAGGGAAAGAAGAAUCAAGAGGACGAAGGGAGUGAAUUCCCAGUGUCCAACCUCCCCGAAGAGCUUGAAUCGAAUGAAUUGGUGGAUGCUGCUGUGGAUGUCUUGCGCACUCUCAUCUACGAACGGAUCGACCACACCAUCCCUCUCAAGACUUUCCAAUGGCCCAUCAUGGAAGGGAUGAUGAAUGUUUCUUUCAUGGAUCUCCAUCUCCCAUUCGGAGUAACCGUGAGGCUGACUCAAUGCAUUUUGUUCGGGCUGGAAAAUGCGGCUCGCAAUGGAGAAGCUAGGGUGUGGAAAGAAGGAAGAACCUUUGUGGGUGUCGUACCAGCCGUCCUUGGGUUCGGUCAAUUAAACUGCACUCUAGAAUUGCAAGCCCUGUUCCUGAAUUUCCGUGAGAAAAUAUUCAUCGAGUUGAGCGAUCUCUUCAUUGUUUUGAAGGUAUAG